CAACAAUAGACGCAAGGGAAAACCAUAGCUGCAUUUGAGGCCCAUCGUCUUGCCAGAUAGCAAUGGCGGCCGCCCAACCAUCGUGGCUGCCUCCUUGAGCAUUGUUUGCUGGCCGCGACUGCCGUAUCUUGAGGACCCACACCGCGACUUUCACACGACCUGCAAAUUCCAAUCCACGACCACAACACAGCAGGUCACAUGCCAGCAGCUACUAACAAUGCCUCCUUCGCCUGCUCUCACGACUCAGAAGUCAGGUUCCAAGUUUACAGGCUUCGCUUGGUACAUCUUCAAACUUAGCUUUGGACUUUUUAGCCUUGCGACUACCUGGGCUACCGUCGCGUGGAAGAAUGGCGUCUUUCAGCCAAAGGACACAGAUGAAGAGAAGCAGGAGCUCGAGGCUGCUCAGCAAAAGUACUGGAGUCUCGACCACGAGCCACUCCCAGGCUUCAGACAUGCUUUCUUCAGCACCUCGACCGGUGUCAAUAUCCACUAUGUCGUCAAUUCGAACGCCGACGCCCCUCCAUUGCGCAAUUUAGCUUUCUUUGUACACGGUUUCCCAGACUCGUACUUGCUAUGGCGACACAUCCUGCAAACCCCAGUGUUGCAGCAAUCACAUACACUCGUCGCCGUCGAUCUACCUGGAUAUGGUGGUAGCGAUAGUCUGCCCAACUAUGGGCCGUAUGAGAUGCUCGAAGCAAUGACGGAGUUUAUAAUCGGUGUGAGGAAGCAGUUCCUGCAGGAAGAUAGGAAGUGUGUGGUGGUCAGCCACGACUGGGGAGCACUUGUCUGCGCCAGACUUGCAUCUGAGGCGGGUGAGUUGGCUGAUCGCUGGAUCAUUACGAGUGGAAUCAUCCCUCACGUGACCGCCAACAAUACGUUCUCACAAUGGACAUUAGCGCGUCAAAUGCUGCGCACAUGGACCAGCCAUCCCUUCAACACUGCCCUGCUCAAGAACGCUCUCCGAGCGCUCAAGCCAGUGCUUUCGCAGUUCAGCCGCUCCUUCUAUAUCUUCUGCUUCCACCUACCUGCGCCUCUCGACUCUUUCUUCACCUCCUUCGGCAACUACUGGUUCCUGCGCGUCAUGCACAGUCUCGGUCUCGGCCCACAUGAGAAGGGUGACAAUCUGCUUACCAGACUGGAUCCCAAGGCUGCCGCAGAGUCAAUGUGCAUGUCCACAGGUCCGGCGUUACCCCAAUUGCUAGACCAACCAGUCGGUGGCCCUACAGGCCGGUACGGCGAGUCAGUACGACGCAGGAUCAAGGACCGCGGAAUGUCGGAGAAGAUCAGGAUCUACCGCGAGGGUCUCUUCAUUGGGCGGUGGGAGAAAUCUCUCGAGACCACCGCUGCCCUAUUCGAGCUUCGCUCUGGUAACGAUCGAGCUUCUGGCGCUGCUCCUAGAGGCUCACUGAAAGCACCGACUACACUAGUGCUUGGGGAGCGCGAUCCGGCUUUCGACUUGAAGCUGGCGCUUGACAAUGUGAGGGACUAUUUAGUGAAGGGGAGUCAGGUACUGGUUGUUAAGGACGCAGGGCAUUGGAUGCCUACUGAGCCUACGGCUAGAGUGGUGUUGGAGCAAUUGGUCCUGUGGGCUUUGAGCGAGGAGUCUGGCGUGGGGAAGGCGACGCCGUUUGCUGGGAUGCUCAACGUCAAGGUCAUCGAGGAGCUCUGAAAGCCUCGAGUCAUUGUUUCUACUCGGAGAUUUCGUUGCCAGGAGCAGUGAUGUUCGCAGCUACGAAGAAGUUCCCGAAUCGGACCUGGGAGCUGGUGAUUGCAAACCUUCGAGCAUCAACGCCCUUCCACGACACUUCGGCCUAUCGUCGAUCAUUUUCUUUUACUCAAGUCAUCUCAGUCAUUCACGUUCGACGAUAAGGCAUCCAAUGGAAAGCUAGUAUCUGGUAAACGGCGGUUAAUUGAGGUGUCGUUCAUCAAGGUCCCACUCGUAUCAACACAUAACAAAUCAGAGAGGACACCGCACACAGCUCCCGUGCCUGCAUGAGGGCGAGACAGGAAUUGACGGAAAUACCGAGUGGGAUGAUCAUGCAGCUUGACGUUCAGGUACUUCGUACCCCUCACUGCCCCACCAUCACCAAUACUCAUACAUGCAGAUGAGUGAUUUGUUG